GCUCCUGACGGCCCGAGGGUAGGCGUGCAAAAAUGUCAUACCCGGAGUGGUAAAGACCGAUCUGAUUUCGGCUUAGAUUCCGACUUAGAACGCCCUGUCGGUAUCCUGUCAGUCUGAGGUAGAGCAAGAGAGUCCAACGAGGCAAGAUUCGUUUCGAAAAAUGGAUGACAAGCAAGAGGAAUAUGUCCUUAGACGCAGAGGGCAAGGCAAGAGCAGCGACAAAGGCUCGGCGAGUUUGACAGAGGCUUCUGAAGAUAAGAAGAAGCGCAGACCUUUGGGAGACAGAGAUGAAGCCAUUAACCUUAAGCCUAACACGUAUUGGCUUACAAGGAUUGUAUAUCUUAGAGGCAUUGCCUUCAUAUACUUUAUGGCUUUCCUUGUGGCCUACAAUCAAAACAAACAGCUUAUAGGUGACACUGGACUGCUUCCUUUGAAAUUGCAUAUGGAAGCCAUCAGUAAACAGGUUGGCAGCGACUGGUGGAAAAGAAUUCAAGCUGCUCCUACACUGUUAUGGUUAGCUGAACCCUGGCAUGAUGUUAAUCACUGGCUGGAUGGAAUAGCAAUGGGAGGGUUGGUCUUCUCUUUCAUCAUCAUCCUCACUGGAGCUGCCAAUGUCAUCAUUUUGCUCAUUUUGUGGGUCCUUUACCACUCUCUUGUUGCGGUUGGUCAGCGAUGGUAUGGCUUUGGUUGGGAGUCGCAGUUAUUAGAAACUGGGUUGCUUGGAGUGUGGGGAGUCCCACUGCUGUCUCUUGCUGCUUUGCCUCAGAAAACCCCAACACCUUGGGUACUUGUAUGGGGCCUAAGGUGGCUGAUUUUUAGGAUUAUGCUUGGAGCAGGAUUGAUCAAGAUCCGUGGUGACAGAUGCUGGCAUGACCUUACCUGUAUGAACUACCAUUAUGAGACUCAACCAGUUCCCAACCCAAUGUCAUACUACAUGCAUCAGUCACCUGAAUGGUGGCACAUGACGGAAACAUUUGGCAACCAUGUCAUUGAACUGGUUCUUCCAUUUUUCACGUUUCUUCCCCGUGGUUUUAGGAUGACUUGUGGCUUUGGCCAGAUAAUGUUUCAGGUCAUUCUCAUCAUAUCAGGGAAUUUGAGUUUCCUUAACUGGCUCACCAUCGUACCAAGCUUGGCCUAUUUUGAUGAUCGCUCAUACUCUGUCUUCUUCUCCAAAUUAACCAGAAGAAGAGUGUUUGAUCUUCAGCAGAUGCAAGAAGAAGAGUCACCACUGGUUGAUCCAGGCUUACUGAGAAAAUCUGUGAACAUGGUUGUUGCAAUGAUGCUUGGCUACCUGAGUCUGCCAGUCAUCCUUAACCUCAUCUCAUCACACCAGGUCAUGAACACUUCCUUUGACCCAUUCAGGAUUGUCAACACCUACGGAGCUUUUGGAAGCAUCACCAAGGAGAGGACAGAGGUUGUGUUUGAGGGCACGCAUGCCUGGGAUCCUGAUGCAGCUGAUGCAGUGUGGGAGGAAUACGAGUUCAAGUGCAAGCCUGGAUGGACAGACGCAACGCCUUGCCUCAUCUCACCCUAUCAUUACCGCCUCGAUUGGUUGAUGUGGUUUGCUGCGUUUCAGUCAUAUGAACAUAAUCCCUGGAUCAUUCAUUUAGCUGGUAAAUUUCUAAUGAAUGAUGCAGAAGCUUCAACGUUGAUUUCACAUAACCCGUUCCUUGGCAAAGACCCUCCGAGAUUUGUAAGGGCACUUCACUAUAGAUACUGGUACACAAGCCUUUGGGAUGUAGAUAGGCGACACUGGUACAAACGUUCCAUAAAGGGCAUUUAUCUCCCUCCUGUGGACAUACGCAUGCUCAAACCACUCUUCAGGCGAAUGCAGUGGAGAUCUCUUGGUUGAUGAGAAAUAGUUACUAUAAUUCCUUUACCUUUGUUAAGUUUGUUGAUCUUGAAUAUAGAAAUGUUGUUGAUAUUCACAGUAUUUUCUUUACAAAGGAUAUAUAUAUGUGUAUAUAAUUUUUUUUUUUUUGGUAUUUGAUGCAUAUCAGACUUCCACUUUAGUUUUAUUGGUACAAAUUUGUUGGUUUUACUUGCACAUAUUAAUAUUAUUACUUUAUACAAGUGUUUACAUUAACCUGUAAAAGGUCAUCUACAUGUGUGUGUGUGUGUGAAUAUAUGUGUUUUCAAUAUCCAGGCUGAAAUGCAUCAGAUAAGUGUGAUAUCUGUAGUAAUUGUGUUGUAAUUAUGACGGGUAAUUGGAACAUUGUCGCCGAGAUAGAAGAAAGAUAGACCAAAGCUGUCUCUAAAAAUUUGAUUUAGAGAAAAUGAUACGAAAUUUGGAAUGAUUUUAAACUCCCUGUGGAAACCUGCAGAUAAGAUCAGUUGUGAUUCUAAAUAACAGUCUGAGGCACUUCUGCUGAGUACAUUUUUCAAAAAGUGGUGGCCUCUUUCCAUGCCUCAUUUUUGGUGUGAACAGUAUAUGAGUAAGAACCAGCAAAUCUGGUACUGUCUGGCGUUUUUCCUCUGGUUUCAAGGCCACAGAGAGGUAACCCCCUUCUUGUUCCACCUCCUACUGCCCCACUCCCCUUCCCACUCAGUCACUGCUGUUUCCUCUCCAGACCAUCAAAGGCAACUUAUUAAACACAUAAUCCCCCUCUCCUUUCCCAAAGAAUCCUCUCACUUCCCCUCUUGCAAUCAUCUCCAGGCAUUAUAGAAGGUACUCAUCAUAUUACUUUGUAUUUCUUAUUACUGUGUUGCCAUUUACACAUAUAAAUACAUGCUUCACUGACUUAUGAAUUAAGAUAAGGGUUUUUAUUACUUUAUAUGUGUUUUAUAUACAUUUUUGGUGAAUUUGCCCAUUUUUAUAAUUAUGCAAAGAGUACCUUUUUCAAACCUUUUUAAUGUUUGGAGUUAAAUGGGGUUAGAGAUGAAUUAUUGCAGUCGUUGGAGUUUAACAGCUUUCGUGUUUGUUCAAAAAGAGGGAGAAAAGAAAAAUCUGACCAGGGGAGGUACUAUUGGUUUAAUUUAAUGUGACCUUUUAUGGGUUAAGAAAUCAUCUGGAAUUCAUCAACAUAAUUUUGACUGUGAAUAGUUACAUGUCAAGUUUUACUGAUGGAUGAUGUAAUGAGCUGUUUCAAGUUUUAAAACAGGUAUGUCAAACUCAUUUGCUCUGGCAACCAAGUUAUAGUAAACGUUUAACAUGAUUAAGCCAGAUAACAUGUAGUGUAAGAGAUAAAAGACCCCUUUAUAAAUUGUUUAAAAUUAAAUAAAGAAUUUUAAAGGCAGUAGACAAACAGGGCACUUGAUUCGUGAAAAACUUAAGACUAUGUUGGGCUACAUGUUUUACACCCCUGCUUUAAAGCAGUGUUCAUGAAUAUUUUGUUUUACAGGAUAAAGGAGAAAAGAUCUGCAAAGGUUGUUUACUGAGGUCUUAUGCUGUGGUUACACUGUUCAUAAAAAAUGAUGGGAUUUAUAGCUUCCUGUAGGCAAUAUGCUGUCCGUCCACUGGUUUAGGAUAAAACAAUCAUCCUGCAGAUUAUAUAGUUUCUGUAGAUAGCCAGUAUGAAACCAUUUUGAUGGACUCAACCUCUUAUGCUCAUUUUUGUCACUGAGUGGCAAAGAAGUACUUCAAUUGAUUUUUUAUGAAUAGUAUAACACAUGCCAUUACUGUUUUUUUUAUAUCUUAUACAAGUGUUCUUGGUGCAAGCACAAAAAUUCAAUUUUUCUAUCACUUAAGGUUCAAAUUUUGUGCCUUGGUGCCUGUUGAUAUUGAGCUUAAUAUAUAUCUGUGUAAACUUUAGUUGAAUUGAAUUUAUGUUACCGUCUUUUUAGUCUAGGUUGUGAUUUUUUCCGGACUUUUGAUGUUGGUAAUAUAUCUUCAGCUUUUGUAAAGAAAACAUUGUGAUCGUACUUCAUCUUGUUUAUUUUAAUCUUUGAAGUAUGAUAUUGAGAUUACAGAUAUUAUGAAUGUGAACCCAUUCACUUCAUUUGUAGAAAUUAGUGUAGGUUAAAUAUAUCAACAUCUAUGAUGACACUCCCUAGCUAUUUGCCACUGCCACUGACACUAAUAAUAAAGAUUAUCAAUUGUAAGGUAGUGUAAUUAGGAAUUUUGUGAAAUCUUAAAUGAAGUAUAGAACAAAAUAAUCAAUAGCUUGUCAGUUUAGCAGGGAUCAAUGUACCUGUAUUCCAAACCCUCCAUCUUUGGAAUAUGAUAGAUAGUGAAGCUGACACAGAAAUCAUUUAAUUAAAGCCAGUGGCAUUAUAAUGUUCUUGAACAUUGUCUGGUCAGUCUCCUCUACCUCAAAAAUAAAAAAAUUCAAAACAAUCAGCUUCAGGUUGAGCUCAGAUAGUAAAAUCCUGUCUUGUUACGUAAAUAACUAUGCAAGAUCUCCAUUUUCCAAACAAAGUAUCCAGAGAUUGGUCUUGGCAGUCCUUUGAUACUACCAGGUCUUUCUUUUCCUUAACCUUCUCACUCAAGGUUGUAGAUCUGUAAAUACUUACCAUAGAUAGUUGGUGAUGUUGGUCACUGUAUCAUGCAUGUAACUGAAUUUGACAGAGCUACCUUUGACAUUUUGUUGUCUAAAUUUGAGAUAACCUUUUGUUCAAAAUCUACUGUCAAAUGUGUGACACAAGUUUUGUGAUGAUAAACUUGUAGCUAUAUCAUCUAUUGACAUUUAUUUUUUUAAUUUCCUUCACUUUGAUUAAUCAUUCAGCAAGAUUAAUAUUGCAUGUAACGGGAUAAAAUUAUCCUACACUUAUGGUUUUGUAUGGACUGAAAUAUCAUUACUUGAUGUAGUAAGUAACAGUUCACCAAUUCAUAAAUCAUGACUUUCCUACUUAUAAGCAAAAUAAGUGUAUGUACUUCACUUAAUCCUAUAUCAGAGUCAGUUCUUAUACUUGAAAAAAAAUGUAGAUAAGAAGCCCCAGAGAGAAGUAACAGUUUUUCUAACAAAGUAUAAUUUUGAGUUUAAUAAUUUGCUGUUAAGCAUAGCAAUGUCCAUUUUAAAGUAAUGACUUUAUUAGUAUAAUUCUUGUUUAUAUAUAUAUUUUUUUUCAAUGAAGGUGAUGUAUUUUGGUUUUAUGGGCAAUAAAAAUUAGCCUCCA